GGCGAGCAAAGAAAAAGUUCACAGAGGAAGCGAGCUAGCUUAGCUAGGUGAUUCCUUCACAGACCACUUCCGCUUCCAACAAAUCCAUCACCUCGUCGGCGACAUGGACGCCUUGGAGAGAGGCGAGCGCGCGCCGCUCCGGCCUGAGAGUCAAGGCCCAAAGGUACAAGAAGAUGAUAGCCUGCAGCUGCAGGUGCCGCUCCUCAAGCACAAGAAGCGCGGCGGCAGCAAGGCACCCGCAGUGAUUCUAUUGUUCGAAUGCCUGGAGAGCACGGCGUUCAAUGGUAUCUCCACAAACCUGGUGGUGUACCUGGAGACCGUCCUCCAUGGCACCAACCUCGCCAGCGCCUCCAACGUCGCCACCUGGUUCGGCACCAGCUACCUCACCCCCGUUUUCGGCGCCAUCAUCGCCGACACCUUCUGGGGCAACUAUAACACCAUCCUCGUCUCCCUCGUUGUCUACCUCCUCGGCAUGAUGAUCGUCACCUUCUCCGCCUUCGUCCCCACGACCACGCCGGCGCUGUGCGUGGCGGGUGCCUCGUGCACCGGCACCGCCGGCACGUGGGGGCUGAGCUCGCAGAUCGUGGCUUUUGUGGGGCUGUACCUCGUUGCGAUCGGGUGUGGCGGGGUGCGAUCGUCGCUGCUGCCGUUCGGAGCGGAGCAGUUCGACGACGACAGCGCGGCGGACCGGGAGGGCAAGACGUUCUUCUUCAGCUGGUUCUACCUAUGCGUGAGCUUCGGCCCCAUCAUCUCCGGUGUGUUCCUCGUCUGGAUCCAACAGAAUGUCAGCUGGGGCCUCGGCUUCGGCAUCGCCACCGCCUGCAUCGCGCUCGCCUUCGUGCUUGCCACGCCCUUGUACAAGCGCCGCAUGCCCGCCGGCACGCCGCUCAAGAGCCUCUACCAAGUCGUCGCUGCCGCGUGCAAGAAGAUCAGCGUCAAGGUGCCCGCCGAAGCCGGACACCUCUACGAGGUCAGCGACAAGAUCGACUCGCCCCAGCCCAAGAUCGCGCACACCAGCGACUUCAAGUUCCUCGACAAGGCGGCCAUCGUCACGGAGUCAGACAUGGAGGAGAGGCCGGAGGCAGCGACCUCGUGGAAGCUGUGCACCGUGACUCAGGUGGAGGAGCUCAAGAUCCUCCUCCGCCUGCUGCCCGUGUGGAUCACCAGCGUCAUCAUGUCAUCGGCCUUCUCGCAGAUGAACACCACGUUCGUGCAGCAGGGCAGCGCCAUGGAAAUGACCAUCCUGUCGGUGCCGGUGCCCGCGGCGUCGCUGGCCUCCUUCGAGGUGAUCUGCGUCAUGACAUGGGUGCUCCUCUACAACAAGGUGAUCGUGCCGGCGUUGAGGAGCUUCUCCACGAGCGGUGACGGCGAGCCUGUCAGGGAAUUCAGCCCCUGGAUCACUCAAACGCACGCGAUCUGGUGGACACGAAGAACACGAACGCACGCGAGACACAGAAGGCGAGCACACAGGUUUUGGCGACGCGCACUAAGUGCGUCUUUUCUGUUUCUUUCCUUAUUCUCUUAGGCAACACGUACAACAGAUCGUAGCCUAUUCCAUUGCUAAGUUUCCACUCGAUCCUAUUCACCCGUGCCAUCCCACGGAAGAUCGCUCGGAAGCUGACCAGGACUACUACGACUCAACCUAAUCCUGUGCGUGCGCAUGCACACGUGACAGGCCCUAUCUUAUUUGCAACAAGCAAACUAUAAACUGGAACACUACGGACACAUGCUACAUCACAGCAACGUGCCAUCCUACAGGAACGUGAAAACCAAUGUAACAGAAACCAAGAAAUGCAACGAGGUUAAUUUCAUGACAUUCUCUCCCUUAACCUUGUUGCUCUUUCUCUAGCGCCUUCAUCCCCAUCUUCUCCUUCAUCUCAUGGAAUUUCACUCUCCCCAAAGACUUUGUAAGGAUGUCAGCAAGCUGGUUUUCAGUUCUCACAUGCUCAACAUUGACCUUG